UAGCCAAGUGCUAUAGUCAUCCAUAAUGAAGUAUACUAAAUGCAAUUUUAUGAUGUCAAUUCUUGGCAUUAUAAUUUAUAUACUUGAUUUAGUUGUGGACAUAUAUGUAUCUGUUAAGUUUUUCCAUGAGGGACAAUAUGUUUUUGGAGUGUUAACAUCAAGCUUUAUGCUUUCUGGAACACUUGUAGUGCAGUGUUUUAGUUAUUCUUGGUUCAAGGCUGAUUUACAGAAAGCAGGCCAAGAAAGUCAAUAUAGCUUUCUUUUACUUCAUUGUUUGCAAGGAGGAGUUUUUAUCAGGUAUUGGUUGGCUUUGAAAAAGGGGUACCAUGUGGCUUUCAAAUGUAGCAGGAAAACUUCUAACUGCAUGGGGGAAAAAACUGAGCCUCACAAAGAAGCCAUAGACAGCGCGACUGACCUGAGCAUGCUCAGGCUAUUUGAGACCUACCUAGAAGGCUGUCCGCAGCUGGUUCUUCAGCUCUACGUCUUCCUGGAGCAUGGUGAAGUGAGCUUCAGGCAGUAUGCAGCCAUCAUGGUGUCUUGCUGUGCUAUUUCUUGGUCCACGGUUGAUUAUCACAUUGCUUUAAGAAAAUCUUUGCCUUAUAAAAGUCUCCUCACUGGACUCUGUCCCAAAGUCACCUAUCUCUUUUACAAAUUGUUCACCUUGUUGUCUUGGAUGCUGAGCAUUGUUCUCCUGCUGUUUGUCAGUGUUCCGCUUGCUUUACUUCUGCUGUCAGCUAUCUGGCUGAUGGGUUUGACAUGGGCAUUUAAAAAGCAAACUCAGUUUUGUAAUUCCACAUGUAUGGAAUUCUUAUAUAGGAUUGUUGUUGGGUUCAUUCUUACCUUUACAUUUUUUAAUGUUAAGGGACAGAAUACUAAGUGUCCCAUGUCUUGUUAUUACAUUGUAAGGGUACUGGGCACUUUGGGGAUACUGAUUGUGUUCUGGGCCAACCCACUCUCUUUGUUUAAUGCAGACUAUUUUAUCCCGAUCAGUGUCACUAUCCUUCUCACUCUUCUCCUGGGAAUUAUUUUUCUUUCUGUUUAUUAUGGUAGUUUCCACCCAAAUAGAAAAACAGAAGCAAAAUGGGAUGAACCUGAUGGAGAAUCAGUUCAAAGAGAUUGUAGAAUGAGUUAUUUUCUGAUGGAUUAA